AUGGCCGAGCGCGUGCCCUUCACCGUGGGCCAGGCGCGGGACGCCCUCCUGCAGAUCGCCCAGUGGCGCUUCCUGGUGCGGGACGAGGGGGAGACGGACCCCGAGGGAGACGGCGCCUGGUGGGAGGACGAGGAGCCCAAGCCCUGCGCCACAGACUCCUGGGCGCAGGGCUCUGUUCCCGUCCUGUGCACCCAGGGGUCCGGGGCUGCGCCCGCUGCUGCUCCCGGGCCGGAGGGGGCAGCGCCGCCGACACCAAGCCGCCCCCAUCGGGCACCUCGACACCCCCGCUGCACGCCAGGACCCCCUUUGCCCCCUCCCGAGCAGGUCUCCGGCGCGUGGGCCCCGAGCCAGUGCGAAAGACAGGACCCCCCGUGUCCUGGCCAGGUCCCCACUGCCACCGUCCUGCCCUUGCCAGGACCGUCCCGCCUGGAGCUGCUGCCGGACAAGGCGGCCAUUGCUCCCCAUCCACCAGAUGGAAAAACUCCCCGUGCCCGGCCCCUGCUGCCUCGGCCAGCCCCGCUCUGCCCGGCCAGGCCACCGGCUCCCUGCCCGCCCCCGGGCCUGGCCGAGCUCCCAGGGCAGCUGGAGAAGGGACGGCGUCCGCUGCAGUCAUCCCACAGGGACGUGGAGGGGAUGCACCUGGUAACGAUCCGGCCAGGCAGGCCUUUGCACAGCACAGGGGCGAAGCGAGAGGGGUCCGGCACCGUUCCGGGGGUCCCCAGGCUGGGCCCCGGCAGCCGGCCCGAGCGCUGGAUCAGGCCCCAGGUGGAGGUGCUGGACCUGGGAGCGGAGGCCAAGCCGGCGGCACGUCCCCAGGGUGGCCGCUGGCACAGCCGGGGGCUGGAGCUGGGCAGCUCGCGGCUGCCCUGGGGGCCGGUCACCACGGCGGGGGGACAGCUCCAGCCGCCCCCCCGGGGGUCCCUGCAGCCCCCCGGCCCCGUGCCCUGGCAGCUCGGCUCCUUGCUGGACUCCGCUCGCCUGGCUCCCGGCACAACCGUCAGACGGGGCGGCAGUGUGAAGCACGGGCUCUGCAUCCCCACGCACGGCGAGGAGGAGGAGGAGGAGACGGGGGAGGCCAAGCGGGACCUGCGACCCAUCCACUCCACCGUGCCCUUCCCGGCCAUUGCGGCCUGUCAGGUGUCGGGCGAAGGCGAGUGGUGA